GUUACAGUCUACUUUAGUGAUAUAGUUGGAUUUACCGAAAUUUGUCAUACGAGUACAGCUAUGCAAGUAGUGGAAAUGCUCAAUUAUUUAUAUGUUCAGUUUGACAGCCGACUAGAAAAUUAUCAAGUAUAUAAAGUAGAAACUAUCGGCGAUGCUUAUAUGGUCGUAUCUGGUCUACCAAAGAGACUAGACGAAAAUCGUCAUGCCGAUGAGAUUGCAAAUAUGGCAUUAGAUUUAUUAGAAUUGGUUGGUAAUUUAAAAAUACCUCACAAUCCAACCUAUGGCUUAAAAUUGCGUGCUGGGAUUCAUUCAGGAGCUUGUGUUGCCGGGGUUAUAGGUAUGAAAAUGCCUCGAUAUUGUUUAUUUGGUGAUACAGUUAACAAU